AUGGAUGGGAUAGUGGCCUGUUCCCUGGACCAUAUUCCAGGAUUCUUCUUCUUUCAGACUCCACAGGAGGAGCAUCCAGUCCCCACCCACGCUGCUGGAGCUGGCAGGGCCUUCAGCAAGGGACACACUGAGGUCCUGAAGAAAAUGGUGCAGACCUGGCUCUUCACCCACCUGCCUCUGGGGGCCCUGAUGAGAAAGACACAGCUUGAGAUGAUACUAGUGGCCCUGGAUGGGCUGGACAUGCUGCUUGCCAAGCAGGAUUGCCUCAGGAGGUGGAAACUGCAGGUGCUGGAUUUUUAUAAUGUUCCCCAGAACUUCUGGAGGACAUGGUCUGGAGCCGUGGUUGAUGCCUGCUCACCAGAGGACAUUAAGAAGAAUCGAACAUUGAAAUUUGGUCCAGCAAUGGCAGCUAAGCCACCCUUCAAGGUAGUCAUAGACUUGAGCCUCAGAAAAAGACCCCUGGAUGAAUUCCUGACCCACUUGUUCCUGUGGGUCACACAGAGAAGGGACAAGCUGCACCUGUGUUGCAAUAGGCUGAAGAACGUUGGGAAAUCCACCAGUCACACCAGGAAGGUCCUGAGACUGCUGCAGCUGGAUCCUGUCCAGAAGGUGAAAGUGCACUGCACCUGGGCGCCCUUCACCUUGGCUGCUUCUGCUCCUUUAUUGGGCCAUAUGAGGAAACUUUUUGUCUCCCAGGUCUAUGUGCCUGCCUACACCUCUCAAGAGGAACAGGAGCAGCUGCUUGCCCAGCUCACCUUGCAAUUCCUCAGGAUGGACUGCCUGCGGACGAACCUUAAGACCCCCCUGGAUUCCCUGUCAAUAACCAACUGCCCACUGUCAGAUUCUGACUGGAAUUAUCUUUCCCAAUAUUCAAACACCAGACAGCUCAGACACCUGGAACUGAGGAGCAUCAAACUUACUGAUUUCAGUCUGGAGCCCCUCCAAAUUCUGCUGGACAGCACUGCAACCACACUGAACAGCCUGGACCUGAUAGCUUGCAGGAUCACUGACUCCCAGCUUCAGGCCCUCCUGCCUGCCCUGAGCCGCUGCUCCCAGCUUGUGAUCUUGAUCUUCCAUGGGAACCGCCUCUCUAUGUCAACCCUGAGGGACCUAUUGCUUCACACUGCCAGGCUUACCCAGUUGAGCGUAGAGCUGUAUCCUGCCCUUCUGGAGAUCUAUGAUGCAUGGGGUACCAUCCACCCAGGAAGAUGUUCCCAACUCUGUGCUGAGCUGACAGCAAUAGUUAGAAACUUUAGGCAGCCAAACAUCCUUGUGUUCUGUACUGUCCCCUGUCAUCAUUGUGGCUACAAGAUCCUUUAUAACCAGGGCAUCAUUCACUGCUCCUGUCCAACAGCUGCCUAG